AUGAAGCGCAAUGGCAACAUCACAAACUUCUUCAAGCCCUUUACCGAGCCCAGCAAUGUCCGCGCACUAUCCGAGGAGCGUCGCGACCGGGGCUCAUCCUUUCCCUCUCUUAGUGUGCUAGGUCUGGGGAACUCCGACCACACCACGCGCCGCACUCUCGCUGAUGAUGAUAUGGGCGAGAUGAACAACUGGAGCGCUCGCGGUGCAGAUCAUGGCUCACCUCUCAGCUCAUCCUUUUCGUCGCUCCCGACUACACAGCCAUCGCAGUCUUCAACCGCUAGCAAGCGCGUUAUGAGAGAUGGCGUGGCUCUUGUGCGCACUUCGGACAGUGAGGAGGAAGAAGACUCCGACUCGGAACUGGAGGACUUGAGCACAAUACUCAGUAAGAAGCGGCGUGCGCAAAAUCCGCCGGUAGAAUCAAGACCCGCAAUGAAACCAAAGGAGGACAAGGCUCGGUCAACGUACGGCCUACGCUCUUACUUCAAACGCGCGCCGCCCAAACGAGAAUUCAAGUCUAUAGUAGCCCCGCGCGAUAAGUCCAGACACAAGCUAUCAGAGCUGGUGGCCGCGAAGCAAAAAGGCUUGGAUGCCGAGGCAAGAGUUCUUGAAGCCCAGAAAAAGGCGGAAGCGGCAGAGCAGGCAGAGGAAGAGAGCAAGGAAAACAGCAGACUUACAAAAGAAGGCCUCAGUGCCGCUUUGGGGGACGACGAGGGCGCACAGAGAACUUUUGAGGCCCUCAAACGAACCGAGGCGCUCGAAACUGAUCAAGUCUGGCGAUUUUUCGCAGCCAGUGGCGACCAAAAAGCAGCUCGAUCAAGAUCAAAAUUCCCGGUGCAAAGUCUGUUUAAUGAAGGCUGGCAUAAAAGGCUGAUCGAACCUUCCACCCGCGAUGCGAUGUUCGUUUCGGGAAUCAUAAAGAGCAGGGUCUACGAAGAAACUCUGCCCGACGAGGUUGUCAUGUGGAUGAUCAACGAGCUCUGCCACAAUCAGAAGGAAAGUCUCACGGACGCGUAUCUAGAUGUAUUAGAUUCUUCCGCACCACAGGUACGAAAGCUUCUUGACAAACAAACCGUAUCCGGCCUCUUUGAAAAACUUGGUGUGAGGAACGAAGCGAUCACAAUCGAGUGCGAGCCAGUCCCAAUAUCACCCAUCGAGGUGUCUCCUCAUGACCCAAAGACACCUAUACCUUAUGGCACCCGCCCAUUGCUUGAAUUCCUGAGAAGAGCGGCGCCCAACAUUCAAAGUGCCACAGCGGAAUACGUGCUAGAGAUCCUAAUCCGGCUUAGCUUUGAUGACAGCGUACACCAGGAUGGAUACACUCAAACCCAAUGCCAGGAGGCCAUCACGGCCAUGUUACGCACUCUAUCUGUUGAAAACGAGUGCGAGCCCUUGCGGCGUGUCUCACAAAUUUUAUUCAAGAAUUUUAGGAACCAUGGGCCCAAAGAUGACAGAUUGAUCAACCAUGUCCUACAAGCUCAGCUAGUCCAGUCCCUCCCUUUCGCGACACAACGCGAGGCUACAUUCCAACGCAGGCUCGCCCUCGCUUUCUUUCUCGACAGCCCCAAACCCCUGACGCUCUCCCUCACCGCCCCCGGCAUCCUCCCCGCUGUCCUCCAAUCUCUCGCCCACAAUCCGCUUUUCCGUUUCAGUCGAAGCACUGACUACGCCGACGUCACCGCUGCGUUCAUCCUCCUGGACACCGCCAUCGACAGCGGUUUCUCGGACCGGGCUUUCACUCAGACUCUCCGCAGCGUCGACCGGCGUACUCGUGAUGCUACUGCGCGGCAGCUCCGCGAUGGGGCCCGGGCUGCCGAGGACGAGUUCAACUUCGGCAUCGAUGCCCUCACCGCCACGAUCCGCCGCAUCAUGGGGCAGAUCCGUGGAUCUGGAACGGACAGCGUCCGGAUGAGUGAAGCCAAGGGCACCAUGGAGAGACUCGUCUACCGGCUCGAAUCCAGCGUACGCACCCGGGAGACGAGCAGUAAGGACAUCUUCGCAGACUCCAUCGGACGAAGCGCAGGCCUCCUUAAAUCCUGGGUGCAAGCGGGAGGCGGCAGCAACGGCGGUGGUGGCAUCGAGGAAGUCAACGGCAAUGCGCCCCAGAAGGAAGAGGACGGCGGCAUCAAGAGCGAGCCAGACGACGAGUGUGCAGACCAGGUCGCGGCCGAAGUGAACCAGGAUGUUAAAGUCGUCUACAACGACGUCGGCCACGACAUCAAGCAGGAAGCUAACGGGAGUUAA